AUGGAGCUGCUUGGUGCUCCUUCCGCAGGAAAGUAUGCCAAUCUAAGAUCAACACCUAUCAGCUUUCCUCCUGCCACGAGCACCAAGGCUUCAGGCUACAAGAACCGUAUUCCUUACUACUCCUUUCCUCAGAGCUGUGGCCACCGCCUCUACUAUAAACCACCUGCCAUCAGCCCAGUCUUGGCUUCUUUUCCUAAAAUCUCCCAGGAGUCAGCCCCCAGCCAGGGGCUUCCUUCUAUUUCCACCAAAAGAAGCCUCUUCAACCGGUACACCGUUGAGGACUGGUACAGGUCCAACCUGACCAACUGCAGAGAGUCGGAGACUUCCUGGCGCAAUGCGGAGCGUCUGAGAGUCGAUAGCUCCCGCUUGAUUCAGGAUAGAUAUCAGCAGACAAGGAAAACCCAAGCAGAAAGCACCAAAAAUCUGGGAGAACGUGUCAAGGAUAUAGAAUUUUGGAAGUCGGAGCUCAGCCAUGAGCUGGAUGAGAUGAUCAAGGAGACCAAAGCACUUGCAGGCUGGAAGGAAGAACUGGAGAAAACCUUGGCUGACACAGAGGUCCAUCUCCGGAUUGCUCAGGAGUGCCUGUUUCACCGUGAGAAGAGGAUGGGCAUCGACCUAGUCUACGACGACGUGGAGGAACAGCUCCUCACUGAAGUCGACGUCGUCAGGUCCUGCCAAGAGACGAUGCAGCAGUACGUGGAUAAGGCGAAAGCGCAGCUCGCGUCAAACAGGGAGGCCCAGCACAAGCUGGAGAGGGACCUGGCCGACAAGCGAGUGGCCCACCGCAUCGAUGACAAGUGCUACCGCCUGCGGAACACCUCCAACGGCAUCAACUACUACCAAGGGGUGGAGCGGAUUGAUGCCACGGUCUCGGAGCCGGAGUCGUGGGCCAUGUUCACGGACAACAACAUCCUCCACUGCCAGAGAGAACGGGCGACCUCCACCAAGCUGCGGGACAAAAUCAGAAGCCUGCUGUCGAUGUUGGCUGACAAGAUGUCAUCCCAGUUCAACGAGGUGAACGUUGCCUUCACCAACCGCAUCAUUGAGACAGGUGAUGCCAAGGGCAAGAUCCAGACCCACCUGGCCAAGACACUGCAAGAAAUUUUCCAGACUGAGAUGAACCUAGAAGCCAUCCGAGAAGCCAUUAGGGAGAAAGAGCCUCUCUUAAAAGUGGCUCAGACCAGGCUGGAUGAGCGCAGGAGGAGACCAAACUGGGAGCUGUGCCGGGAUGCUGCCCAGCUCGGCCUUGUCAACGAGGUCCACAAAAUCCAUGAGAUGAUCCAGAGCCUUCAGCAGCAUCUGCAGGAAAACGAGGACGCGCUGCAGAUGCUGCUUCGUGCCAAGUCGCUCUUGCAGAACGACCUGGAUGUCAAAGCCAACUCGCUCUUCAUUGACCAGGAGAAGUGCAUGGGGAUGCGCAACACCUUCACCCGCAAUAUCCGGCUGUUGGCCGCAGCAUAG